GUGGAAUUUCAUGGACGGCUUCCUGCCGGUCUCGCAGUGCUGAACGUUUUCCGUAGCUUUAAAGUCGGAAGGAUAACUUAUUCGUUGUUACUAAAAAUCAGAUUCCCUUCGAACGGAUUCGUUCCUCCAGGCUGCAUAGGUAUCGCAUUUUUCACGAGCGCGAAGCAUCAUGCUGCAGCGGAGCCUUAUCCGCCGAUUUAGCUCGAAGGUCGAACCGCGAGCCUUCGAGGAGAUACCCGGACCCAAGGCUCUUCCACUGAUCGGCACGCUCUACAAGUACCUGCCGCUCAUCGGCGAGUACGACAUGAAAAAGUUGCACAAGAACGGCGCGGCCAAGUACGCCGAGUACGGGCCGCUGGUGCGCGAGGAGAUCGUCCUGGGCGAGCCGAUAGUCUGGGUCUUUCGGCCCGAGGACAUAGCCGAGGUCUUCAAGGCGGACACGGGACGCUAUCCCGAACGGCGCAGUCAUCGAGCUCUCUUCAAGUACCGCCUGGAUCGGCGAUGGAUCUACAACAGCGGAGGUCUUCUGCCCACGAACGGACCCGACUGGUGGCGGCUCCGGAAGGAGUUUCAAAAGGCGCUGAGCAGGCCCCGGAACGUCGUUAACUAUGCGGAAGAUACCGAUGAGAUCGUCAGGAGAUUCGUAAGCGUGUGCGAGGAUGGCCGGUUCGACGACGCGCUGCCGCUGCUGUCGAGACUGUUCCUCGAAUUGACUUGCCUGGUCGCCUUCGAUCUCAAGAUAGACGCCUUUUCGGAGCGGGAGAUGCUGAGGGACUCGAUGAGCUCGAGACUCGUCGACGCCGCCUUCACCACCAACAGUGUCAUACUUCGCCUGGACAACGGACCCCGGCUCUGGCGGUUCUUCGACACCCCGAAGUACCGGAAACUCUGCAGGGCCCAGGCCUACAUGGAAGAAGUCGCCGUGAAGAUGGUCUCCGAGAAGCUCGAGAAGCUGAAGGACGAAGCGCCGAACGAGAAGCAGUCUCUGCUGGAGAUCUAUCUGCAGAAUCCCGAGUUGGACUUCAAAGACGUAGUCGGCAUGGCCUGCGACAUGCUGCUCGCCGGCAUCGACACGACGACCUACAGCUCGGCUUUCGCGCUCUAUCACCUGUCGAGAAACCCCGAGACACUCGACAAACUGCACGCCGAGGCGUCGAGACUCAUUCCGGACGACAGCUGCGUUGUCACGGCCGAAACUCUGAAGAGCGCGAUAUACACCAAAGCAGUUAUAAAAGAGACUUUCAGACUGAACCCCAUCUCCGUCGGAGUCGGUAGGAUACUGCAGACCGACGUGGUACUCAACGGAUACCACGUCCGAAAAGGAACGAACGUAGUUACGCAAAAUCAAAUCUCCUGCCGACUUCCGGAGUACUUCGAGAAGCCCGACAGCUUUAUGCCGGAGCGAUGGUUGCGAGAGACAGGAAAAAACGAGAAACCGCCGAUUCAUCCGUACCUCGUGCUUCCUUUCGGUCACGGGCCGCGUUCUUGCAUAGCUCGCCGACUCGCCGAACAGAACAUGCAGAUUUUACUGCUCAGGAUGUGUCGCCAGCUAAGAUUCGACUGGGCAGGCGGAGAACUCGACGUGGAUUCCUUUCUGAUCAACAAACCGAACGCUCCGAUAAAACUAAACUUCUCUGCGCGCUGUGAUUGACUCUAACGAAUAAAAGUAUUGCUCCUA